AUGUGCUACCAGUUGAUCGAGCGGUACUCAUCUUGCCGCUGCUUGUACUACCAGCACGCCAUCGACCGUUGUGCGGCAUAUGGUCGUGUAGGCCACACAAUCCAGCAGAGGACGAUAUUGGUUGGGUACGCCUGCGCGGAUCACACAGCACACUCCAGCGGAUAUGACGACUACGGAUACUCCCAGUAUUCCGACUCGGGCUACCACUCCCACGGCCAGGGAUCACACAAAAGCUCACACGGCAGCCGGUACCGAUGA